CUGUUUGCUCACCCACUGGUAUGCGAGACCUUGUACAGUUAACUUUUUUCACUUUCCCCUUCCAGCUUAAAAACUACUGCAACACAAUGACUAUGACCUUUCAAUUUGCAACCACUUGACAAACAACUUAUCAUAUAUAGAAUUGCGCUAUAAAAAUAGAUUUAAGUGACUACAUUGUUGAAGAGAGAGGAACGCCUACCGCGCAGUAAAGAACGCCUAUCCUGACGGAACACCUCCGCUUCAGUCCACACGGUCCAGUCUGCGCCGCACAGGAAGUACAAUUAUCAGCUGAUGCUGGUUGUUUUGAUGGAAGUUGCCGUUGUUUGCUCAGUGAGUGUCCAAGCUAGUCCUUUAUCUUCAAAUGAUACUGAAGACACUUAAAACUAAGAGGAAUUCAGUCGACAUUGUCUUAAUAGUGAGGCUAUAAAUAUUAGCUAACUGUUACAUUAUAUUAUAUCUUUGCUAGCAAGGUAGCUUGAAAGCUCGGGAAGAAAGAAAAACACCAACGUCAACGACACAGACCUAGCCUGCCAACGUAGCGUAGCUAGUAACUGGCGUUAACUAACGGGCCUUGGAAGUACUUUGUUUAUCAUGCAGUGACGACUUGCCAAGUAUAGGAUUAUUCUUCAUUUUGAAGAGAUGUUUAAUUCAUUCAAAUUGUGCUUGAAUGUUCAUGUCACUAUCUGCUAACGUUACUGGAAAGGCUUCCAUACAGACGGUAUUCAUAGCUAGCUACAGGUCACAGACAAUAAGUGUUGUCAGAAGAGAAGGUUUGUGUUUGUUAUUGACCUAAAAAAGUACGUGAGCUGGCUAACAUAAAUAUUAGACUGUCAGUUGCUUGUCAGUCUUAGUGGCUAAUCAGAGCAGUUGCAGGUUGUUGAAGCCGGAGUCUGGUGAUGUCAAGUUGUGGGAUUUUUUAAAUAUAGUUAAGAAGCCAGCAACAAAUGUGUCCAGCCAUUGUAUUUGUUCAUUUGACUGAUGUCUAAUACCCUGUAGCUAACUCUGUCACGUUGAAUGGGACAUAUAGCUAGAUAUUCCCUUUGUGUUUCAAGUUCGUGACGCAAUCCUUUUAUUAGCAGACCAGCUUAGCUUGCUAGCAAAGUUGGCUAUGUCAGUAAAGAUCACUUGUCCAUGAGCAUGGUGACAUUAACUGUAAUGGGUUAAGUAAGCUGUUGUGUGGAAAUCACGUUUACACUGGUUGUGCAGUUCAGGGCGUUUGGUGAAUCUGUGGUGUUUUAUGUCCGUAAACUAGUAUUCUGUACUGUGACAUCAACUUGAUGUUGUUUAGAGGCCGUGAAGUUGGUACUGAGAUAUAAGUGGAGACUGUAGUCAGGAUAGGAGAGAGAGAGAGAGAGAGGUGCAGCCGUGGCCCAGACAGAGACGCGCGGUGUCCGUCACUCUCCUUCCUCGCCAAUGCUGGAUCUGGAAGUGGUUCCUGAGAGAUCUCUUGGAAAUGAACAAUGGGAAUUCGCAUUAGGGAUGCCAUUGGCCCAAGCCAUCUCCAUUCUUCAGAAGCACUGCCGCAUCAUCAAGAACGUUCAGGUGCUCUACAGUGAACAGACCCCACUCUGUCAUGACCUCAUCCUCAACCUCACUCAGGAUGGCAUCAAACUGCUGUUUGACGCCUGCAACCAGAGGCUGAAGGUGAUCGAAGUUUACGACCUCAGCAAGGUGAAAUUGAAAUACUGUGGAGUCCACUUCAACUCUCAGGCCAUAGCCCCCACCAUAGAGCAGAUAGACCAGUCCUUUGGAGCCACACACCCUGGAGUGUACAAUGCCGCCGAGCAGCUCUUUCACUUGAACUUCAGAGGAUUGUCCUUUUCCUUCCAACUGGACUCGUGGAACGAAGCUCCCAAAUACGAGCCUAACUUUGCCCUCGGCUUGGCCUCCCUGCAGAUACCCCAUGGUGCCACCGUCAAGAGAAUGCACAUCUACACUGGCAACAACCUGCAGGACACCAGGGCUCCAGUGAUGCCUCUGGCCUGUUUCUUUGGAAACGUGUACGCAGAGUGUGUGGAUGUGCUGAGAGAUGGGGCGGGCCCUCUCGGUCUGAGACUCCGCCUCCUCACCGCAGGCGGUGGCCCUGGGGUGAUGGCAGAUGCCAAAGUGCGGGCCAUGGAGAGGAGCAUCUACUUUGGAGAUUCCUGCCAGGAUGUCCUCAGUGCCCUGGGCUCUCCUCACAAAGUCUUCUACAAGUCUGAAGACAAGAUGAAGAUUCACUCCCCCUCCCCCCACAAGCAGGUUCCGUCCAAAUGCAACGACUAUUUCUUCAACUACUUUACCCUGGGAGUGGAUAUCCUGUUCGACUCCACCACUCAGCUGGUGAAGAAGUUUGUCCUCCACACCAACUUUCCCGGUCACUACAACUUCAACAUAUAUCAUCGAUGUGACUUCAAGAUUCCACUGAUAAUCAAAAAAGAAGGAGCUGAUUCUCAAGGGGAGGACUGCAUCCUCACUACUUACAGCAAGUGGGAUCAGAUUCAGGAGCUGCUAGGACACCCAGUGGAGAAACCUGUCGUCCUCCACCGGUCCUCAUCAGCUAACAACACCAACCCGUUCGGCUCCACCUUCUGCUUCGGCCUGCAGAGGAUGAUCUUUGAGGUGAUGCAGAACAACCACAUAGCGUCAGUGACGCUGUAUGGAGCCCCUCGAACUAGCAGCCUGCCACGAGCCGACACUAGUGUCCACUGAUAACCACCACUGCCAACCCAGCUGGACCCAACAGCACCACAUCAACCAGAACCACAUCCACCUGACCCAACUGGACCCAAACAGCACCACAUCAACCAGAACCACAUCCACCUGACCCAACUGGACCCAAACAGCAACACAUCCACCUGACCCAACUGGACCCAAACAGAACCACAUCCACCUGACCCAACUGGACCCAAACAGCACCACAUCAACCAGAACCACAUCCACCUGACCCAACUGGACCCAAACAGCAACACAUCCACCUGACCCAACUGGACCCAAACAGAACCACAUCCACCUGACCCAACUGGACCCAAACAGCACCACAUCAACCCAACUGGAGCCUCCAGGACUAGGGCCUUCAGAACCCCCACCUGACCCCCUUCCUCCAGCCCUGAUCAUCUCCAUCAGCAGAACUUGUUAGUUCACAUGUUGGCAGUGUUUCAUCCAUGAACAUUUGUAUGCCUAGUGCACGCAUGCACGCACACGCAGGCGCACACACACACACACACACAAACCUACAUUUGCUUACACUCAUGAAAACCUGCAUGCACAUCGCUGUUUUUAAACUGACUUUAACUUGACAUUUUACAGACUUUUAUUACAUAAAAGACACACACUCUCAUACUGCUACAUUAAUCCUGAGAUUCCAAUCCUUUCACCACAUGUUCAUGUUACACACACACACACACACACAUCAUGGAGAUGAGCUGAUCCAUCUGAUUCAUCUUCUGUACCAACACACAACACAAUAGACCAGUCUGCAGACACACAGCCACGCAUGUAGCCUGACUCACAGGAUCGCAUGACCAGAGGUUCUUUUCCUUAGCGUGUGGAAGCACAUACUGGCUUGUAUGUCUCUGUAUGUAUUGCAUGCUGCGAGGGCUGGGUUUUGGCAUAUUCACCAUGAACACACACACUUAAAACACGUCCAGGUUCAGACACCUAUGCCAUGACCAAGUCCACAGCACAAGCCAGCUCCUGGCAUGUAUGAGUCAUGCUUUUUUUUCAUUUUCGUUUUUUUUUUUUUUUUCAGGCAAGAUAGAAACAUUGGUUUAACCAUUUGCACUAAAACUACUUGACCAUUGUCUCCCUUCGUCUGAGGUUGUGUUCAGGCUCUGAUAUGACAAAGGAUUGAAGGGAGAGCCGACAGCACUGUGUGUGUUUGUGUUUGUGUGUGUGUGUCUACGUCUUCCAUCUUCUCUCAUCACUUGUAAAGCCCUGUUUCCAAACCACCCCUUUCUCAACCUGUCUCUCAACCCGGCCGUCUAUCUGCCUCUAGAUAUGUCUGUACGCCGGCAGGCGUCCAUCGGCGACAAUCUGGUACUGUCGCUCGGGCCCUCGCCGUUCUCACGCUUCAUCCUUUCGGUUUCGUUGCAUUGCCAAACAUUUAGCCAAAGACGUUUAUUCCCACUGGUGGUUCCUUUCCUCCAGACUGCUUUUAGUUUGUCGUCUCAGCUCAACCUCCCCUCCACGGGGAAGGUUAAAGACAUUACCUGCCUAUCCGAAAGAUCCUCACCUGUACUAGGUCACCUUUUCGAGACGUGAUUCCCUGCUCUGGGUGCGUUUGUUUUGUAGAUCCGUGGGCACCUUGCGUCAGGUGACAGGAAGCAGAGGCAGCUGCAGCUCUUCUAGCUCACUGUCUGUUGAUGAUGAUGUAUAGUUGUGUAAAAAGUCGGUGUUGGUCUCCCUUGUCUUGUCUGGUAAUGCUGAGGGUACUCUGUGGGUCCGGCCCAGGAGACACCUGGUCUGGCUACUCACCUGGUCUGGCUACUCACCUGCUGUGGCUACUCACCUGGUCUGGCUACUCACCUGGUCUGGCUACUCACCUGGUCUGGCUACUCACCUGGUCUGGCUACUCACCUGCUGUGGCUACUCACCUGGUCUGGCUACUCACCUGGUCUGGCUACUCACCUGUGUGACCAGAGACUGCUUCUAGGGUAGGGGACAGAACAGUUGGGACUGGCCUCCCUCCCUCUCCCUCCCUGCUCUCUAGUGAGCGUGACCACUAUGACGGACAGGCAGGCCGGCCAGGGGACGGCGGAGGCGUGAGCACAGAGGGACUUUGUUGUGUUCUGUUCUAUUCUCACUUGGGUUGCUAUGACAAGCCUGUAUAUUGUUGAUAGUGAUGUUAUAUUGUCCCUUGCUUUGUGCAAGUUGUAUACCUUGAAAAAGAAACAAGGAGAAGAAGAAGUAAAAAAAAAAAAAAAGAAGAAAAAAAGCU